AGACUCUUGAAGGUUAUUCACUUACUAGUUCCCACUCAUCAUGUCGCAAAACGAAGAAGCUCGUCUUGAUCCAUACAAACAAGCUGCUCUGAAUGAGAACCUCACUCUCCAAGAGAAGAUCAGUGAUCUUCAUAGUGUUAUCCAAUCCGCGAAGACGGGUAUGUUAGUCACUCGAGGAGACGAUGGCAGCAUGCACUCUCGGGCUAUGAACCCAGCAACUCCAUACAAUGAGACCCAGCUGAGUCUCAUUUUCCUUGCGAACAACGUUUCUGCAAAAUUCAAAGAAAUAAAAAAUGACGACCAUGUCAACGUCAGCUUCUAUGAUCAGUCAUCGACAAAUUGGGCAUCCUAUUCUGGCAAAGCGAAAGUAACGCAAGACAAGGAUGUUAUCAAGAAGCAUUGGUCAACUUUCAUUACUGCAUACAUCGGUGAUUUACACGAUGGUGUUCACAGGGGCAACGAGGAUGAUCCCCGUGUAGCUGCUAUCGAAAUCAUUCCUGAUGAAAUUCAUUAUUGGAUUACGAAGCAUUCCAACGUCGUUCGCUCGAUGCAGGUUGCUGCAAGCGCAGUUAGUGGGAAAGCGACAUCACCUGGCGAACUCAGAAUUAUCACGAAGGACGAGGUUCAGCUUACCCAAAAUCUUAAUACGAAGUAGUGGAAACAACGUCUAGUUCGAAUAGUUUAUUGUAUUUUUUGCUAUCACUGCAGCUCCAUCUGUAUCAUUAGCUAAUCAUGUAUAGGCCAUACUAGUAAUUUCAACAAUGCUCAACCAGUAAAUCUUAUCGUUGGGACGUCAAACACCAAAAAAGGGGCGGUCGCGAUACCUGUGGCCUAAUGACUUGCAAUAAAACCCACUCUCUUGAUCGCUUGGCAUUAUUCGUCAAUCCUCGAAGAGUGGUUGGAACGUCUAGGCAAAUUUCAGGAGAACAGCCUUUCAAUGAAUCCUUCUGCAGGGACUUACCUUGUGUCCUUCACUGGCGUCUCCCGCCUGUGUAGGUUCGAACUCUAUGUCAUCCAAAAACUCAAGGUAGUCUUCGUCAUCCUGAUCCUUCGGCCAUGAAGGGGGCACGACCUCCUCUCCAGGUCGGGUCUGUGAUCCAAAGUCAAACGCAACUUCCUCGCCAUCGCCUUCCAACAUUGCCUCCAGCUCGUCGACGUUCAUAUUCUCCACACCUAAUCCAGAUGCCCUGAUUACUUCUUCGUCGACCGCUGACAUCUGAGACAUCGGAUAAAAUAGGGGAAGGCGAUCUUCUUGAGAAGAUGGAGGUCUGGGAUCCGGGUCAGAGGCCUUGCGGGAAGGCUGCGAGGAGAGGAAAAGUGGCAGUCUAGUAGAAGGGCCUGGAUUGUCAUCGACGUUGGGGGUUAAUUGUUGGCGCACAGAAUGUACCGGCGUCUGAGGGACAAACGAUGCAGGAGGUACAGACUGUGCUGCGCUUUGAGCGCGUGAAGACGGAGGGACGGAAGGAGCAUCAGUCCUUUGUACGGCUUUCAUUGGCUUUCUGAAUUUCUCCCCUAGCCGACUACUUGAAGCAGUACCAGCAUCGAGGCCAUUUUCUUCUUGUUCUUCUUCGUGUAGACGCUUUUUGGGAUUACUUCUAGGAACAGCUGGAAUGUGAGCAUUCGUUGGAGCAUUGUGGACU